GUGCCCGCAGUCUGAAGGUCACACUGCUGUGCAGAGCACAGAGUCCAGGACCCCACCGACAGGCCGAGGCUCAGCGGCACUUCGAAGCCACCGGACACAAUGCUUUGGGGUCUCCUUUCCCUUCUCCUCAUUGCUGUGGCCAACGGGACCCCCAUCGGGGACCAGGAUAAGGAUAUUCAAGUACAGGAGAAUUUUGAGGCUGAGCGGAUGUACGGGAAGUGGUACGAUGUCGCUGUCGGCACGACCUGCAAGUGGAUGAAGAACUACAAGGAGAAGUUCAGCAUGGGCACACUGGUGCUGGGCCCUGGCUCCAGCACUGACCAGAUCAGCACUGCCAGCACCAGGCUGCGGCAGGGUGGCUGCACACUCGUCUCAGGAGAGUACCAGAAAACCAGCACCCCUGGCAAAUACACCUACUACAACCCCAAAUGGGAUGUGUCUAUCCAGUCCUACGUGCUCCGCACCAACUACGAAGAGUACGCUGUCAUUCUGAUGAAGAAAGAAAGCAGUUUUGGCCCAAGCACAACCCUGAAGCUGUACGGGAGGAGUCCAGAGCUGCGGGAGGACCUCAUUGAGGCUUUCCAGCAGCUGGCUCUGGAGAUGGGCAUCCCUGCAGAUUCCAUCUUCGUCCUGGCCAACAGAGGCGAAUGCAUUCCUCAGGAGACCACGACCGCCCCACAGCGAGCACGGAGAGCAGUCCUGCCCCCUGAGGAGGGCUCGGCCGCGGGCCCCCUGCCCCCUUACAUGGGCAAUAAGGAAGACUCGUGCCGGCUGAGCCGGGACCCCGGGCCCUGCAGCGGGAUGCUCUCCCGCUUCUUCUACAACUCCUCCUCCAUGGCCUGCGAGAUCUUCCUGUACGGAGGCUGCCUGGGCAACGGCAACAACUUCUACUCGGAGAAGGAGUGCCUGCAGGCGUGCCGGAGCGAGGCUGCCUGCCGGCUGCCCGUCGUCCCCGGGCCCUGCCAGAACCCAGUGACUCGCUGGGCAUUUGACGCGGCCCAGGGCAAGUGCAUCACCUUCAGCUACGGCGGCUGCAAAGGCAACGGGAACCAGUUCUACUCGGAGAAGGAGUGCAAAGAGUACUGCGGGGCCCCUCCGCUGGCAGAGGAUGAGGAGUUUCUGCAUCUGUCAAACUGACAUGGGUGGAAAACAAGGUCCUGGUACCCAGCACCAGGCCCCACAGGAGACACCUUCAGCAGUAAAUGUCUCUAAUGUGACCAAU